AUGGCCGCUAAGGGCCACUUGGAGCCGUUUGACCCAACAGCCGAAGACUGGGAAUCAUACAUUACCCGGUUUGAAUUCUACCUUGAGGCAAACAAGAUUGACGACACAGAUCUCACGAGAGCGGCCUUCAGCGUGUGUGGGUGUUCCACAUUUGAUAUAGCGCGGGCACUAGUGGCGCUGGCCCCGCUUCAAACUACAGCAUUCGACACGAUAAAAAACAGACUCAAGGAACACUUCUCACCACAGCCAUCAGAAAUAGCCAGCAGGCAUGCGUUCUACAAGCGCAACCAGGCACAAGGGGAAUCCAUAGCGGCAUUUGUCACAGCCCUCCGACAGGCAUCAUCGGUGCAAGCAUUACAACCUCCAAGCAGCAACAAAAUAAAGGUGACAGUGAAGAUCCAAAACAUGCCCUGUGAGAUGGAAGUCGACUCAGGGUCAGCGUUAUCCAUCAUCUCUUCGCACACACUACAGAUGAUACGCCGAAAGUCAUCCACACCUCAUCUUGAAUCAGCAGACAUGGUGCUGAAAGACUUCCAAGGCCGCUGCAUGCCGAUCAUGGGCAUCGGCACAUUCCAAAUAAAGUACAAGGACUUUGCUGUCCCACUACGAUUAGUGGUAGUUCAAGGCCGCCAACCUAGCUUACUCGGCCUCGACUGGUUUCGACCUCUCGGCAUUUUAAUUGCAGGCGUGCAGCAGCUGUAUCGUGAUGAGGUGGCAUCAGUAUACAGAGAGUUCCCAGCAGUCUUUGACGGGGCUCUUAGCAAUUACACAGGGCCACCUGUCUCAUUUGAUCUAAACCCAGCCGUGGCCCCCAUCCGCCUGAAGCCUCGCAGGGUUCCAUUUGCACUCAAGCCAAAGAUAGAUGAGGAGCUGGAUCAGCUGAUCGAACAGGGAGUCCUGGAACCAGUUUCUCACGCCAAAUGGGAAACUCCCAUAGUAACACCACUAAAACCCAAUGGAGCGGUCAGAAUUUGUGCAGACUAUAAAUGCACAAUCAACAAAGCACUGCAGCAACAUGCCUACCCAGUACCGGUCGUGAGCCAUCUCCUGGCAUCGCUCCAAGGGGGGAAGAUUUUUGCCAAGCUUGAUCUGGCCCAGGCUUACCAGCAGCUACCCGUGGACAAGGCGACAGCCGAAGCCCAAACUAUCGUGACACACCGGGGGGCUUUCAAUGUUAAAAGGCUACAAUUCGGUGUCAACGUCGCCCCAGGAAUUUUCCAAGGCAUCAUGGAAGGACUUGUAUGUGGGAUUCCAGGCAUUAUUCCGUACUUUGAUGAUGUCCUAAUCGCGGGAGAGUCAGAAAGCGCACUAGCAGAGAGGCUUCGCUGUGUCCUUCGCAAACUACAGGACGCCAGCUUGAAGGUUAAGAGAGAAAAAUGCCAGUUCGCUGUUGAGAGUGUGGAGUUCCUGGGAUUCCUCAGUGACGCAGCCGGUAUACAUCCCACACCAGCAAAGGUACGGGCCAUUAAAAGUGCGCCUCCUCCAGGAUCAAAGAAGGAACUACAAUCCUUCCUGGGCCUAUUAAAUUUCUACCACACCUUCUUGCCACAUAAGGCGUCAGUCGCAGAGCCCCUGCACCGCCUCCUUGAUUCCUCUGCCCCCUGGGGGUGGGGCAGAAGAGAAGCCGCUGCAUUCGAAAAGGUAAAAACACUACUGUCGUCCGAGAGCGUGCUGACACACUUUGAUGAGAAAAAACUGAUCGUACUCGCCUGCGAUGCCUCCCCAUAUGGUAUCGGAGCUGUCCUAAGCCACAGAAUGCCUACCAGGCAUGAAGCGCCCAUCGCCUACUUUUCGAGAACUUUGUCGGCUGCGGAACGGAACUAUGCCCAAAUAGACAAGGAAGCUCUGGCAAUUGUAGCUGGAGUAAAAAAGUUUCAUGAUUACCUCUAUGGCCGGAAGUUCCUCAUCGCAACCGACCACAAACCGCUCCUGGGAUUACUCACUCCAGACAAGCAAACGCCCCAAAUCCUUUCGCCCAGAAUGCUGCGGUGGACAGUGUUCAUGUCUGCCUACUCCUACGAAUUACAGCACCGCCCAGGCAAAGCAAUGGGACAUGCUGAUGCCCUGAGCCGCCUGCCACUGGCUGACCAGGGGACCGACCCAUCUCCAGCUCAUCACAUCACGUUGCUGGAAGACUUGCCGAGUCCACCGCUCAGAGCCUCCGAUGUGGCGUCACAUACUGCUAAAGACUGCACCCUCAGCCGCGUUCUCAACUGGGUGUGGAGGGGGUGGCCAUCAGGCCAGCUGGCCGAGCAGUUUCGGCCGUUCGUCAUUAGACAGCAUGAACUCUCAGUACACAAGGGCUGUCUGCUAUGGGGAAAUAGAGUUGUAAUCCCCAGCAAACUGAGACAACAAGUGCUGGAGGCACUACACAGUGGACACCCGGGCAUAGUGCGCAUGAAGGCAAUGGCGCGCAGCUAUGUCUGGUGGCCAGGCAUGGAUAGGGCUAUUGAGGAAUGGGUCCACACCUGUCAGCCGUGCCAGGAAACACGCCCAGCUCCAGCACAAGCCCCAGUACAUCCUUGGGAGUCAGCAAGAGCACCCUGGUCGAGAGUCCACAUUGAUUUUGCAGGGCCAUUUCAGGGACAAACCUUUCUUAUAGUUGUGGAUUCUUAUUCAAAGUGGCUAGAAGUUGUCCCUGUCUCCACAGUGACUACAGCUGUGGUCAUUAGGGCCCUACGUCAGCUGUUUGCAACGCACGGUUUGGCUGACACGGUAGUCUUGGAUAACGGAACACAAUUCACAUCAGCUGAGUUCCGGCAGUUCCUGUCGCGAUUGGCUGCAUUCCUGUUACAGCAACACGUCACGCCGCAUUCCACGACAGGCCGCAGCCCCACAGAGCUACUGAUGAACAGGAAGCUCACCGUGACUCUCGACAGACUGCACCCCGACCUAUCGGCCGAGGAAAGGCCCAUGCCAGAAGGAGAGGUAAGAUCCUUCCAGCCAGGAGAUCUCGUAUAUGCCCACGACUACAGCGGACGUCUGCCGUGGGUGCCUGCGUCCGUAGACACUGCAACGGGACCAGUAUCAUACGCCGUUGUCGCAGCUGAUGGCAGGAAACUACGACGACACGUGGACCAGCUACGACGCAGAUGGCCGGCUAGGACAACGGGGGCCGAGAGCUUACCAAUGCCAAGUGUACAGGACACCGUCACUCAAGGAACGGACAGUGAAUCUAUACCACGGCAUGCACCAACAUUCAGCCCACAGGCUGCAGAGUCAAGUAGACUCUUAAAUCCCCGAGAACCAAGCGGAUUUAAGUAA